ACUGGAUCUUCUCUUCUUCUCGCCCAGCCAGUCUCGCAAUCGACGAUCGAAUCUUCGCAUCUUUUCUUCUUUCUUCUUCUUUGGAGUGGGGAGUACACGACGACGGACCAACAAUCUCUCAACUCAACCAGACCUGUCUGUCACACGACGACAAUGGAAGGCGAUCAAGACACAUCUGAUUGCACUUUGGUAACGAGGAAGCCUUGCUUCGGUCUCCCAACGGCUUGCCCUAACUGCCUUCCCGCUUACAUAUACCUGAAACUAGCCCAGCUUCCUUUUCAUCUUGCCUUCAAUUCCACCUUCCCUGAUUCAGAGGAACUGCCAUACUUUGAAAGUGGGACAUAUGUUGCAUACAACAACGAAGACGGAGGGGUGAUUGAGAAGCUGAAGAAAGAUGGGAUUGUUAAUCUUGACUCUCAGCUCCAGUCUCUUCCUGAUUAUCUAUCCUUGAAGGCUCUCAUUGUGUCAUGGCUUGAUGAAGCGCUUAGGUAUGAGAUAUGGGUUGGUACAGAGGGGAUAUGUGCUUCCAAGAUGUACUACUCAGAUCUUCCUUGGGUGAUCGGCAAGGUCCUGUUUUAUAAGCAGACGUAUUUGGCCAAGAACCGUCUUGGACUCACCAAAGAAAACGCGGAGCAAAGAGAAAAACUGAUAUACAAGAGGGCAAGUGAGGCGUAUGAAGCUUUGUCGACUAGGUUAGGCGAGCAGAAGUUUCUCUUUGAAGACAGGCCGUCGAGUUUGGAUGCUUUCCUUCUCUCACACAUGCUUUUUACGAUCCAAGUAUUACCGGAAACAUCAGUGCUUCGGUGCAAACUUCUGGAACAUAGCAAUCUUGUCAGAUAUGCUGAGAAACUCAAGUCAGAGUUCCUAGAAGCGUCUUCGUCAUCUCCUUCCCCUCCGCUUCACUCAUUCCCUUCCUCGUUUUCAGGAAAGAGUUCGAAGCCAAAGAGCAAACCAAAGGCAGAAAAGAGUGAAGAGGAGAAAAAAUUCAAGAAGAGAGCGAGAUUCUUCCUCGCUGCUCAGUUUAUAGCAGUUGUUAUUUACGUAUCCGUGAUGGGAGGAGUUAGUUCCGAUGAAGUGGAGUAUGAAGAUGAUGAUUAGUACAAGCUAAAGCUUCUCCCUUAUUAUUAUUGGACCAGUAACUCUUUUACUCUCUUCUUUGUAGACUCAUAGACAAAAAGAACCAAUCAUCUCUCUCUCUGCUUUUUCUUGAAUUUUUUUUUGUUAUAUUGCCAAGACUCUUUGUUGUUCAACCACAAAAUCAACUGAA